AAUGUGAAGGCUGCAUUUCGUUAACUUUGACAAAACACAAUUUGGUCCAUUCUGAAUUUCUGAUAAGAGAAAAGUUAUUCCUAGUUGUAUUUUAGUAUCUUUUAUUUUGCUCUAUAAAUAGCUUAAGAGAUUAUAACAUCCUCAAAUUAAUAAAGCAGCAAAUUCAAAGAAAUUAAACAUAUAAUAUAAUGGCCUUUUGCAAAGUUGGUAUCCUUUCUCUCCUCCUACUGUCUGGUAUAUUUCUGUUGGGAAUCGAGGUGAAAUAUGGAAAUGCACAAAAGAUGUGUCUCCAGGUUUGUGACGAUGAAGUUGCUUACAUGACUUGCCCUUCUUCAGGAGACGAGCAAAUUAGUCCUGUUUGCGUUAACUGUUGCACCGCGGGUGAAGGCUGUAAAUUAUUCCGCGCUGAUGGAUCGUUAAUUUGUACAGGAACCCCUGAAUAAUAUAUACUUCCUUCGUUUCAAAAUGUAAUGAUUAAAUAUUUAUUUUUCGUAUUCGUGUGUAAUAAGGCCUGAGUUAUUACUCAGGUGAUUUCUAAUGUAAUAUGUUCAUCCUGGCUUAUAAUAAUUUGUAUGUGCUUUUGAACAUUUCAAUUUAUAAAAUAACAACUAUUAUAUUA